AUGGGUUCUCUGGUCCUGCCGCUAAGCGCCGUCUUCUGCCUGGUGGCUCACUCAGUUUCUGGCAGCCCCAUCAUGGGCCUUGAGCAGUCACCCCUGGAAGAAGAUAUGCCCUUCUUUGACGAUAUCUUCACAGAGCAAGAUGGUAUUGACUUCAACACACUGCUGCAGAGUAUGAAGGACGAGUUUCUCAAGACGUUGAACCUGUCCGACAUUCCCCUGCAGGACACGGCCAAAGUGGAUCCUCCCGAGUACAUGCUGGAACUCUACAACAAGUUCGCCACGGACCGGACCUCCAUGCCAUCUGCUAACAUCAUUCGGAGUUUCAAGAACGAAGGUCUGUUUUCUCAGCCUGUCAGCUUCAAUGGGCUCCGGAAAUACCCUCUCCUCUUCAAUGUGUCCAUCCCGCACCACGAAGAGGUCAUCAUGGCUGAACUCAGGUUAUACGCGCUGGUGCAAAGAGAUCGAAUGAUGUAUGAUGGUGUGGACCGUAAGAUCACCAUUUUUGAAGUACUCGAGAGUGUUGAGGGGAAUGAAGACGAAAGGAGCAUGCUGGUCUUAGUGUCAACAGAGAUCUACGGGAUCAACAGUGAGUGGGAGGUGUUCGAUGUCACGGAUGCCACCAGGCGUUGGCAAAAGUCAGGCCCGUCUACCCAUCAGCUGGAGAUCCACAUCGAGAGCAGACAAAACCAAGCUGAGGACACCGGAAGGGGACAACUGGAAAUAGACAUCAGUGCCCAGAAUAAGCACGACCCUUUGCUCGUUGUGUUUUCCGAUGACCAAAGCAACGACAGGGAGAAGAAAGACGAGCUGAAUGAGAUGAUCUCUCACGAGCAGGAUCUGGACCUGGACACGGAUGGCUUCUCCAGGGGUCCUGACGAAGCGGCCUUGCUGCAGAUGAGGUCAAACAUGAUCGAUGACUCUACUGCUCGCAUCAGAAGGAACGCCAAGGGCAACUACUGCAAGAAGACCUCGCUCUACAUCGACUUCAAGGAGAUUGGCUGGGACUCCUGGAUCAUCGCGCCGCCUGGGUACGAAGCCUAUGAGUGCCGCGGCGUCUGUAACUACCCUCUGGCCGAGCACCUCACACCCACAAAACACGCGAUUAUCCAGGCCUUAGUCCACCUCAAGAAUUCCCAGAAAGCGUCCAAAGCCUGCUGCGUGCCCACGAAGCUGGAUCCCAUCUCCAUCCUCUACUUAGAUAAAGGUGUCGUCACCUACAAAUUUAAAUAUGAAGGAAUGGCCGUGUCUGAAUGCGGCUGUAGAUAG